ACCAACUUAGACGUUUUGUACUAUACUGAUCUGCCGUUGUACAGAAGAGUUUUUCAUAGAUAUAUCUAAAGUAAUUCACCUCCUGCACACACUAUAUUAAAUAUUCUUCAAGUCAACUAAUAUAUAUAAAUAAAUACACAAGUAUAUAAAUGAAUCCUAUAUCAAAGCUACUUAAAUUAAAACAAUGGUAUCAUCAACAUCAUCAACACCAUCAUAAAACGAAACCAGAAGAAACACUGAACACUUCUAUCGAUGAACAACCAGUUGUCCUGAGAAAUAAACCUACAAAACAACUUACACGAGCUAAAAGUGAAAUAACAAGAAAACCAGUGAAAAAAGUUCGUUUUAAAAGUAAUGGAACCUUAUCGUUGAAAGCAAUGCGUCGAAGAAAACAACUUGAAGAAGAGAUGAUACGAUUCGAUGGAGAGUUAUGCAGAAUGGAUGAAAAUUUAGACGUGUUGAAUAAUAAAAAGACUAAUGAAGAAAUUAUAAAGACAUUAAAAGGUGGUACGAGAGCGUUGAGAUAUCUGCAGAGAAAGGCGUUUUCGUAUAAAGCUGACAGUUAUUACGAGGAUGGUGAAUUUCGGGUUACUGAAGAGGAAUUAGAAGAGGAACUUCGUCAGUUAGAGCUUCUAAGUAAUCAACAGAAAAAUAGUCAGUCAACACCUCCGGAGUCAAAUGCUGAGGCAACACUACUUUCAAAAAAGAAUAACCAAAUGGAAGAUGAUAGCAUCAAAGCACUAGUCGAUUGGGCAAAUUAAAGAUCAAUAUGUUGUAUUUUUAUGUAACAAUUUAUACUAUUUAAUUAUUUGUAAGUAGGCGAAUGUAUACAAAGUAAAUUUUCUGGCACACUGAUACACAAUUCUUCACUCUCUCAGCCAGAAUUUAGUUGUUGACUUUUAUUUGUUGUAAUAAACUGCAUUUUAUGUGACUGUUACUUGAAAAAGUACAUAGAAUUUUGUUCUAU